AUGCAGGUCCUGAUAGUUGCUUGCUUCAUUGCGAGUGUGGCUCCCGCGACAAGCUUGAUUACGGUGGAACCGGCUUUUCGAGAGCUUACCACCUCUCCCCGAUCAUGUGGAGUCAAUGGGAUUGGUGUGGAUCACGUCUCCUUUCGAGGCCUUGUCACUUGUGCCGAUGUCGACAUUGCCACCGUAUACCACAAAGCAACAUGCAAAGGCGAGAAGUUACUGGCAGCAAUAACGUCUCCACACGGCUCAGCUGCCGCAUAUAUCGCACCGAUUGAUAGCCCUUGGACCAACGUCAUUCAACAGGGUCUUGCCAUUUGGGACUACAAGAUCGACACGGACUAUGGCACCACUCUGUGGCGCACACACCAUUACGACGAGUGUGAGUUCGCCCACAAUCACAAGUUCAAGAACAUGUUCGAUGAACUCGGAAUUGAUACGCUGAGUACGUGGCAAACUGGCCGAACCGGUGCUACUUCGUCAGUCAUAAGGACGGUCCAGCAGUGCAGCGCACUCAAAACGGGAACCUACCGCCUGUCAACCAGCAAUGGCGUAACGUCAACGGAAAGCAAUACCGUCUAG